AUGCCAUUAUAUACCUCUCUAGCUGAGUCUCUUCCCUCUUUUUUUAUCAUUCUGGUAAUUAUAUUAAUAACCGGUACAAUGCCAUUACACCUUUCUGUCUGGUUCUCUUUAGGUGUCCCAGAUGAGUCCAUACUUGGAGCCUAAACACGGCCGCUUCUCCUCUGAAACCUUCCAGUCACGCUCCUCUCAUGAGGAGUUCCACCCCGAGCCACAGGAGGGCAGUGGGGACGGCUCCCCUGGUCAGAAGUCCUCCAGCCAACGGCGUUCGUGGCAGGACUUGAUCGAGACUCCCCUGGGCAGCACAGGGCUCCACUACCUGCAGACCCUGCCCCUGGAGGAGGCCCUGCUGCGUUCCCCUGGAGGAGGUGGCCUGUCUGUGGAGUACCGCCGCCAGUCAACCCUCCCUGCUCAGCGCAGCCUGUUGCAGGAGCACUAUGGCCCACUGCCCCUGCAACUCAGCCCCAGUGUCCCUGUAGAGGCUGGGGGGAAACCCCGUAGCUUCACCCUGCCCCGAGACAGUGGGCUCCAUGCCAUCCUCUCGGCCAGCACCUCUGACCACAGGGACCACAACCGCUACCAGCUGGCCAGAGACACAGGUGAGACAUUACUGAGACAUGACUGAGACACAGGACAAAGAGAUGUGACAGCCAUGACACCAUGAAAUGGAGAGACAUGACACUGUGAGGCAGAGAAGAAAGAGAUUUGACAACAACCUCAUUCUCACUCUCUCUGCCACAUUCUACAAUAUAACUUGAUGGGUAAAAAUAGUUGAAUAUACUUAAAUGGAAAUUAGUCCUUCUAGAGUUAUAACCAGGUAACCAGUAGUGAGUGACAUUGUAAUUAUAGGCAUUGUUCAGGCACAGUCUGUGUCACAGACUUUGCUGAUUGUCUGAGAGUUAGACCCAUCCCCCAGGACACCUCCAGGACACUAUUCUAAAGUGAAGUGAAAUCUUAGUGUCCUAAUUGACACUAAUUCAUCCUGGCAGCCCAACCCCCUCCUCGAUGUCUUACACACACGCACGCAAACACACACACACACACGCGCGUGCGUGGGCACACACACACAAUGAAAAACACAUAGGGCAACAUUUUUCUCAAGCAUAGUAGUAAUCAUAGGGUAGUUACAUACCAGUAUGUAAACAUAAGAUGAGAACAAGAUAAAGGGGAUGAGCAGAGAGAUAAUAUAAGGUAAGAAGAGAGAGAGAGACACACCACUGUCUGAUGAUUGACCUGGAUGACUUCAUCGCCUGCAUGGAUUUUCUUACAGCGGUCAGCCAGAGACUUAUGGAGAGGAAGACACAUCACACAGCUAUAAAACCUGAUAGGCCUGAUGCUGUUCACUGUCAUUAAGGAGAUUCACUGUGACACAGCCAUGAGUGACACUUCUCCGUCUAUAUCAUAGGAGAAUGAUCUACGUGCCAAAUGGCUUCAUAGUCCUGACUGAGAAUGUUGAAAAUAUACUCACUCCCUCUGUAGUUCCAGUGAUGACAUGCAGGCCAUCAUAUGUCGAUUUGAUGUACAUGCCCUAUACAGAGACAGAGAGAGGUAGCGUACAGCCAUAUCCUGACAAGUUCACACAUCCAUAUACAGUACAUAACAAACACAAACACAUAAAUGCAUACAGUACAAAGCUACAUAAAACACAUCCAUAAAUCCAUAUCAUAAAUAUUCAAUCGGACACUGUCACUUGUAGAGGCAAACAGACAAACAUACUAAAAUGUUCAAGCCUGCCCUUAGAUAACGAAUGUGUGUGUGUGUGUGUGUGUGGGGGGGGGGAUAAUCCUUUCAGCCCAUGUUAAUGUUGAAUUUUGAAGAGGACAAAGAAACAUGCCCAAGGGGCCUUUUUUUCUGUCCUAAUUUCCCUACUGCGCUAUCACUCACUGUCUCUACUGCUCUCUCUAUAGACUCUAACACAAAGAUAUGCAGAAAAAACUGCAUGAUACACUUCAAGAGGCACAGAUUCACAACUGACCCCCGAAACACACAACACGUCUCACAAAUACACAAAAUAAUAUGCCAACCACCAGACACAAAACCUCUGGGUCUGUUUGAGUCCACAUUGCUUGCCAGAUAACUUAACAUAAGAUAAGAGCUAUGUGACAAUAGCACCAUAAGAGGGCAUAAGAGGAAAGUAUUCAGACCCCUUUUCCACAUUUUGUUACGUUACAGCCUUAUUCUAAAAUGGAUUCAAUAGUUUUUUUCUUCAUCAAUCUACACACAAUACCCCAUAAUGUCAAAGCAAAAACAGGUUUUUAGAAAUCUUUGCAAAUGUAUUAAAAAUAAAAAACUGAUAUAUCACAUUUACAUAAGUAUUCAGACCCUUUACUCAGUACUUUGUUGAAGCACCUUUGGCAGCGAUUACAGCCUCGACUCUUCUUGGGUAUGAUGCUACAAGCUUGGCACACCUGUAUUUGGGGAGUUUCUCCCAUUCUUCUCUGCAGAUCCUCUCAAGCUCUGUCAUGUUGGAUGGGGAGCGUCGCUGCACAGCUAUUUUCAGGUCUCUCCAGAGAUGGUGGCUCCAAGAGUUCACUCUAACAGAGAUCCAGAGUUCCUCUGUGGAGAUGGGAGAACCUUCCAGAACGACAACCAUCUCUGCAGCACUCCACCAAUCGUGCCUUUAUGGUAGUGGCCAGACGGAAGCCACUCCUCAGUAAAAGGCACAUGACAUCCCGCUUGGAGUUUGCCAAAAGGCACCUAAAGGAUUCUCAGACCAUGAGAAACAAGAUUCUCUGGUCUGAUGAAACCAAGACUGAACUCUUUGGCCUGAAUGACAAGCGUCACGUCUGGAGGAAACAAGGCACCGCUCAUCACCUGGCCAAUACCAUCCCUACGGUGAAGCAUGGUGGUGGCGGCAUCAUGCGGUUUUUCAGUGGCAGGGAAUGGGAGACUAGUCAAGAUUGAGGGAAAGAUGAACGGAGCAAAGCACAGAGAGAUCCUUGAUGAAAACCUGCUCCAGAGCGCUCAGGACCUCAGACUCAGGACAUCACACCUUCCAACAGGACAACGACCCUAAGCACACAGCCAAGACAAUGCAGGAGUGGCUUCGGGACAAGUCUCUGAAUGUCCUUGAGUGGCCCAGCCAGAGCCCGGACUUGAACCCCAUUUAAAAUCUCUGGAGAGACCUGAAAAUAGCUGUCCAUCCAACCUGACAGAGCUUGUGAGGAUCUGCAGAGAAGAAUGUGAGAAACUCCCCAAAUACAGGUGUGCCAAGCUUGUAGCAUCAUACCCAAGAAGACUUGAGGCUGUAAUCGCUGCCAAAGGUUCUUCAACAAAGUACUGAGUAAAUGGUCUGAAUACUUAUGUAAAUGUGAUGUUUCCGUUUUUUAAAUUUUAUUUUUUAUAUAUUUGCAAACAUUUCUAAAAACCUAUUUUUGCUUUGUCAUUAUGGGGUACUGUGUGUAGAAUAAGGCUGUAACGUAACAAAAUGUGGAAAAAGUGAAGGGAUCUGAAUACUUUCCGAAUGCACUGUAUGUAAAGGAUAGCAUGGGAAAUUCCACAGUAGCAGCCUACUGUGUGUGUGUUGCCUGCCUAUGAGGAAGUGCAAUGCUGUGCUGAGAUCUAGAUUCACAUGCAUGUUGUUGCUGUUGUUUAUGUGGUGCAAUAUAAAACAGCAGGUGAAUGACACAUAUGGUGACUCUGCUUGUCCUCAGGCUGUGAGCGGGAGGGACGUCCCCAGGCUGACUCUUUGGGGGACCUGUACCGGGCCCUGGAGAGGGCAAACCUGUCCUCCAUAGGCGACCACCGGCCCUCCUCCCGCCUGGAGUACAAACGUUCCUUCGUCCGCCGCAUCAACGACCCACUGCUC